AUGGCAGACAGCGAUGCACCCAAAAUGCCACUGGCGGCAUCCAGCAACAUGGCGAUGAACAUGUCGACUACAUCAACUCCAGCGCCGAAGCCCAGCGAUGCUCCAACAAAUUCUGUACCAAGCCGAGAUUCUCAGGCGACCACUAAAGAGAAGUCCCAUUCCACUCGAUCCGUAUAUUCUCAACAUACGGAAACUAUUUCGAGCAACCACGCUUCGAAAGCUGUACGAGGUGACAAAACCCAUACAAGAGAGAAAGCGUUCAAUCUUCAGCGGAUUCAACUGGCGGAGCAACUCAGCAACGAGCGUAAGCUUUCUGUUGAUUUGGAAGCUCGUAUUGCUAGUUUACGGGAUGAGUUGGCUAGACUCACGUAUAGCAAAGAUGCUUACGAAGCUGAAUGCGCAACACUCCAUCGUCAGAUUAACGAGACACUUGAAACUCGGGCUGUCGUAGAAAGUCAGCGAAACGGCGAUAUGUCGAAGAGAAUUAGUUUUCUAGAGUCUAAGCUUGACGAAGCGACCGAGAACCUGGAGGAGUCCAUACUCAAUUGCGACCUUCUCCAAAGUAGUCACGCUGAGGCUGUGAAAAUAAGCGACAAACGGAGCGACAAGAUCAAGCAGCUGGAACACGAGCUAGGGAUAAGUCAUAUCGCAGUCCAAGAUCUCAAUAGCAAAUACGGUAAACUGCAGGAAUUGUUCGAGCAUGAUGUGAAGCACAAAAUUUCUGGUCUAGAGGAGGCUCAGGAAUUACGCGCCCGCGAGUUUCAACAACGCCUUACCAUCAAAGAAUUGGAGACUAACGAUCUCAAGCAAGAGAUAAAUCGCCUCCAGACUGCCUUCGAAAAUGCUAUCACCGAAAAGAACGCGGCGCAAUUGGCACUUGUCUCUGAGACCAAGCGUCAUGAACUGAAGAUCUUACAAGAACAGAAGAAACUAGAUGAUGCGGUGGAGUCAUGGGACGAGUAUCUAGCGGAAUCCGAAAAGUUACGACGAAAUCUCGAGGAGCUGGAGAAGUCAACUAAGCCCUUCAACCAGAUAAUAAUUAUCUGCGUCGACGUCAGUGGCAGCACCGCCGGAGUCAUCCACGAGAUCAUGCAUGCUUACAGAGAUGUUCUACAUAUGAUUAAAUCCAUCAACAACGGUGCCAAAGUUGCGGUUGUGAUCCAUGGAAAUUCAAUCCAGCAUAAACCUUCACCCAUCCAAGAAAUAUCCAAUGCAACAUUUCGAAUCGUGGACUCUGUAUCUCUCCCAGGACGCGGAGCUACUGAGAACUAUGCAUUUUGCCUUGAACAAGCUUACGAAAUUUUGAGAACCAAGGUCGAUAGCCAAAAUUUUAUAAUACUCAUUGGGGACGGAAAUGCGUCGUGCCAAAAUGCUUCUGCCCUUCGCGACAUUUGCGAGAAACUAAAAUCCGCAACGAUUCAGGCGCAUUCGGUUAUUGUUUCUGAUGGUUCUAUAUUCCCCAACUCCAUCUCUUCUCACUCAAUGCGUGGUAUUUCGGAGGCCGUUGGUGGUGAGGUACAGUACAAAGACACAUACUUGUCGGCUUUUGAAAAGCUGCUUCUUCGCGAACGCGAGCGGCAUUUCGAGGGCCUGUAA